GUUGCGGCCUCGUCAGCUGUCAUCACCCACAACAGAGCAUGCAAUAGCAUGUUCAACCUCAUUGCCAUCAAGGACACGGUGCCCGUUGCGCCCAAAGCGUUUGGGCUUGACCCGGCGCUGUGUAUUCAAGAUGCGUUGAACAAGAAAUUUGCCAACAAGCUCAUACCUGAUCGCGGGCUGGGGUUAAGCGUGUUCGACAUCUUGACAGCCGAGGACGGACGCGUCACCUGGGGCAACGGUCAGAUGUACUAUAAGGUCUCUUUCCGCCUCAUGCUGUUCGCACCCUUUGUCGGGGAAGUUAUCGUCGGCAAGGUGCUUUCGUGCACACCAAGCUACAUCCGUAUCACGCUGGGAUUCUUCGAGGACAUCUAUGUGCCUCCGUCACUGCUACCGCCCAACUCCAUGUAUGACGAGAACGAGCGCAGAUUCUUUUGGUAUAGCGGGGAGCAGGACUUGGACGCGACUGCUCUUGCAAAUACGCUCAAGUCUGAACGCUUUUACUAUGACCCAGGAGAGCCGAUUCGCUUUCGCGUCGACACAAUCGAGUGGCACGAACACGAGCCCGGACCGCCUGUCGACAGGUCACAGACUACCGAGGAAGAUGAGGAGAAGGACCCCAAGGAGAAGGCGGGGUAUGUGAUUCUCGCCAACGUCAGUGAGCAGGGGCUCGGCCUGACCAACUGGUGGGAUGAAGCGGGCGAUGAGUAUGAGGAGGAGGCCGAGUAGCUGUACUGUACUUUAUUAUCUAGAUAUCACUCGAUGCGCUGUCCGCUUGCCCGCACGCCUGUCGCCGUGCGCCA